AGGGGCCAGGAUCUCGAUGCGCUCCGCACUCGACGCUUUCUGCCUGAAGCUCCUCCCCCCCGCGGCCCGGGGGCGGGCCCGAGGGGCGGGCCGGGGCGUGUCCCGGCCCCUGAUUGGCUGCGCGGCUGCGGGCGGUGGGGUUAAGCGCGUCGCGGGGCCCGGGCCGGGGUCCCGCUCGAGCGGCUGCCGCGGAGCGUGGGGCCUCGAGCCCGAGGCGGAGGGAGCCUCGCCGACCCCCGAGCCCGCUAUGAAUCCGCAGAAGCCCUUGCCGCCGCUGGGCACCCGCCCCGCUCCCGGUCGGCCGCUGGUCCUGCUGCUGCUGCUGCUGCUGCUGCCGCCGCCGCUGCCGUCGGCCCAGGCGCCCCCGCAGCGCGCCGCUCCGAGGAGACCCCCGGUGGUCAUCGUACCUGGUGACUUGGGAAACCAGCUGGAAGCCAAGCUAGACAAGCCUACGGUGGUUCAUUACCUUUGCUCCAAGAAGACGGACAGUUAUUUUACCCUCUGGUUGAAUUUAGAGCUGCUCCUUCCUGUCAUCAUCGACUGUUGGAUCGAUAACAUCAAGUUAAUAUAUAAUAGAACCACCAGGACUACUCAUUCCCCAGAUGGUGUGGAUGUGAGGAUUCCUGGCUUUGGAGACACCUUUUCUGUGGAAUACUUAGAUCCUAGCAAAGUUGCUGUUGGAGCUUAUUUCUCUACUCUGGUAGAGAGUCUUGCGAGCUGGGGUUACAAGAGAGGACAUGAUGUCCGAGCAGCUCCCUAUGACUGGCGAAGAGCCCCAAAUGAAAAUAAAUACUAUUUCCAAGCCCUCCGCGAGAUGAUUGAGAAGAUGUAUGAGGAGUACGGAAGCCCUGUUGUCCUUGUUGUCCAUAGCAUGGGCAACAUGUAUACACUUUACUUCCUCAACCAUCAGUCGCAGGACUGGAAAGACAAGUACAUUCAUUCUUUUGUGUCAUUGGGUGCUCCCUGGGGAGGAGUGGCCAAGACCCUGCGCGUCCUAGCUUCAGGAGACAACAACAGAAUUUCUGUCAUCAGUCCUCUAAAAAUCAGAGAGCAACAGAGAUCGGCCGUCUCAACCAGUUGGCUGCUUCCCUACAAUUAUACCUGGUCCUCGGAGAAGGUCUUUGUGAGAACCCCCAAAGCCAACUACACCCUCCGGGACUACCAGAAGUUCUAUAAGGAUAUUGACUUUGAGGAUGGCUGGUUCAUGAGACAAGACACAGAGCCCCUGGUCUACCAGAUGACGCCCCCUGGGGUACGGCUACAUUGCCUCUAUGGUACUGGGGUGCCGACCCCAGACUCUUUCUAUUAUGAAAGCUUUUCAGAACGAGAACCCAAAGUCUUCUCUGGCGAUGGUGAUGGCACAGUGAACCUGGAGAGCUCCCUGCACUGCCAGACGUGGGUGCACCAGCAGCAGCAGGAGGUGACCCUCUUAGAGCUCAAGGGCAACGAACACAUCCAGAUGCUCUCCAAUGAGACGGUUCUCGCCUACCUGAAAAGUGUUCUCUUUGGUUUGUGAUGCUGUGUCCUGCAGCCUCCACACUCCGUCACCCUGGAUGCCUUCCCUUCCAUCCCAAUGAGGGGGAAAUGCUGCUUCACUGUCUCAAAGGUGUUUGUGUGUUAAUUUAUUUUUAAUUUUUGGACUUUUUAAAGUUUCGAACUGGGCCUUUCCCUACAGACCACGAUUACUUUUAUCAUUUUAAUGUGAAUGAGAUCUCGGCUCUGCAUCAGUGAUGUACAUUCUCUUUCCUGGCCUUACCGUCUCAUUUGGUCUGCUUUGGGGUCGAAUCCACACAGUGAGCCUGUUUUCCUGAAGGGAACAAGUGUGAUUUUUCAUAGCGUGUUUGUAGAGUGGACACAAAGAGAUCAGUCUCGGAUCAUUAGAAAGGCUUCACAUCUUUUCUGCCUUUUGGGUUCUAAUUUUAUUUUAAAUUCUCCUUGUUUGGGGAAUCGGGAGUAUGGGCAAUAACACACUUGGCCGACCCUACUUCAAGAGAGAAAUCCAGUUGUUUGUUGCUGGUGCUGCCACAGGCUUCCGCCUCUCCAGAGUGAGAGGGAGGGAGGGAUAUCAAUACUGCCAAAACCAGUCUCCAGGCCAGGGCCCUCUUACGCAAUACAACACAAGUGGUCAUUCAAAGCUGGCUGUAAUAAUGCUUCCCUUCCUUUCCUGCCCCACUCCCCAAGCUUUGGAUUGGGUAAAGCAAUCAUAUGAUCUGUUCUUCUGCUCCCCAGGACAUGUGGGUUCCAUCUUUGCUUUUGACCCAGCAGUUUCCUGUGCCCUCUGGCCUUCAUUCUACCCUUUCCUCAAGUGGUAGGUGGAGGAUCCGCUCACUGCUGUGGCUUUUUGUGCAUCUGAGACUUUGGUUUGGAUCUCCCCCCCCCCCCGGCCCCCCCCUUUCUAUUUUUGAAGACUUUAUUAACAGUGCGUAACUGCCAGACUCCUUUCCUCAGCACAAUGGAAGAGAGAAUUGUAGCCCUCAUCAACUUCACAUAGUAUAAUUUUAAAAAAAAUCUUCUCUGGGAAGCAUCCCGUCCCCUGGUGCUAUUGUUUUAUAGAUUGGGGAUUAAGGGAAAGAGUUUUAUGUUCAUACCAAAGUAGUUAAUCAUCCAUGUAUGUUUGAGUCGUUCUGCACAGGAGACAAACGGGCAGGUCACUGGUUUGGUCCCUCAACUGUUUACUGGCUAAGGGGUCCUACCAACAUGGCUGGAAGAAAUGUGGAUGAGAUUGUAGGUCUUACAAUUCUGAAAUACUGAAUCCUCUUCAACCCAUGAGUCUUAGACUGUACGGUCACUUUCAAGUUCCUUUAAUUCUUCCUCCCAUGACAGUCUUGUGGAGAUUUUUGAGCCAAGUGACCAUGUUGCUUGUAUUGCUCAUAAGAAAUGAUCCUCCCUGCCCCCAUCCCUAUGCCCUAUGUAUUUAUAUAACUUAAUCAUUGUUUAACUUGUGUAAUGAGAAAUCCUAUUGGAUCCUGGUCUUCAGGGUGUUUUUGGAUCCCAGGGACAGGAUCAAGCAGAAAACCACUUAACAGUUCAAGGACCAGGGGGCCCAGAAAAUACUCUUGCUGAAAGAUCUAGGACUGGUGUUUACUCCCUGAAAAGGGAAUUUGCAGUUUAGCUUAUAAACAGCAUCAGGUUUUCCUACUACUUAAGCUGGAUCCUAUCCCACUUUCUUAAGCUGGAUCUUAUGGAAGAAGAAAUGGGGUCAGCGUUGGUUUUAUGGUGAACAUAAUAACCUUAAGUAAUUUUCAAUCCCCAGAUUGAUAUGAGGGAGCUGACAGAGAAGCAAGGUUAAGAUUUCUGCUUAUAGCCCUAUUUGUGCUCCAACGGAAGGAAUCUAGGGUUCCAAGGAGAUGGGGACUAGAAACCUAAAGCUCUUAGCUUUUGAAAAAUGCAUAGAGGCUCACCCCUUCCUGGUGUACAUCUCUUGUAACUUCCACUUCUGUCUAACUGUGGCCACCUCCUCAGAUUGCCAGCCUUCCUAAUCUAGAACCUGUUCCAAGUAUUUGCAUUGACUUGCCAGGAGCAGAUGAUUUCAGACCCUCCUAACCUGGUCUGACCUCUAGGUGCUGCCUGAUUUUGUGGGUCAGGAAGGGCUUAAAGACUCAUGAAUUGGUUAAUAACUGACAAGGGCGAUUUCCUGAGAACUUCCUGUGUACUUGUUGCACUGACAGGAGUUUACUUGGCAUGCCAUCCAGAGGGACCUCAAGGGCCACCUUUGUAAGCCCUAUGUGGGUAGUGCAGGGGAUUUUUCAAAUCUCUGGUAAUUUUGACAAGUUUUUCUAUGAAUUAUAAUCUAGAAUCACAAUGCAGAUCAUGUUUUUGAAGUAAAUAUUGUAACAUUUUCAAAAAGAGGACUGAGACAUUUCAUGACCACCGAGCUAGAGUUGAAGUAAAAAGAAGUUGCUCACUCCAUCACAAACAGCUUAGUUUUAUGUUUUUGUGGGUUGACUUUUUCUUACCAAGGAGGGGAAAAUGCAACUUUCUUAAAAAAAACCAAACUCUACAAAGAACUAUGUUUUUGAGGACCAAAUGUAUUCUCUGACAAUAAGAUUGAAGAGAAAAUGUCCAGCUCUCAUCCUAAGAAGGUUAAUAUAAUACACCUGUUGGGAACUCUGUAGGAAACAGUGCCUGUCGUUAGCUGUGACCUCAGAUGCUGCAGUCGGUGAAAUGGCCUCUGGAGGGAGCGGGGCCACCAAGGACGCAGAAGAUGCCCUGGAGUGGAUCCAGGGUCUGCUCCAAAAAAAUCAGGGAAUGUUUUGCCAGGACUUUGCUGCUCUAUAUUUUAACAGUAUUUUAUAUGGAAACUAUUGGAUUUUAUUGUAUAUCAUAUGCUCUAUAAAUAUAUGUGUGUGAUGUGAGUGCUUAUGUGCAUAUAUCUUUUGGUCUGACUGACUUCACUGAGAAAUUUUGCACAUGUGUACUUUGAGACACUUCAUGUAUAGUAAUAAAAGUAAAUCUG